UGCAGCAGGAAUAUGCACCUUUUCAACCAAUCACAGCCCACAUAGCACUUCCUGUUUCCUGACAUAAAUGUCAACACGCAGGAACUUUGCUGUCACUUGAUGGAAGUUUAGUCACCGAAGAAAGACCACUUUGCCUGAGUGAGGUGAGAAAAUGGACGCCAUGGAAAUGGACGACGGUGCAUAUUUGAGUAAGAACUUCACGAUGGACGGACUGAUCACACAAGUCAAUUUCCACAAAAAGAAGUCAGCGUCCCGGCGAGUGAUGGCGUGUCUGGCAGUUGUGUGUGUGCUGCUGCUGGCUGCAAACAUGGGACUACUUCUCCACUAUGAGCUCCUUCCCUAUUUUGCCACAAAAGACCAAGAAAACUCCGACUGUCUGACUCAGGAGAAUCUCCAAACUAAAAACCAAGUCUCCCCUGUAAGCGGUGACCAUUACGAGGCAGUAAGUACAGACAGAAACCAGCUGGAAGCCAUGUUGAAUAACCUCACAAAGGACAAAGACCGCUUGAAGACCGACUACGAUUCUUUAGCGAAAGACCGAGACAAACUCCUCAGCAGCAAAAACACUUUGAUGGCCGAAUUCAAGGAUCUGCAGACCAACCACAGCCAUCUCAAUAGGGACUAUGAUGCAUUACAAUCCCUGAUUAGUGCACUAAGGGCACAGGGUGGCCAAUUACAGUCCAAUUACGACUCCCUCGUUAAGGCAAAAGAGGUCCUUCAAACCAGUAAAACUAAUUUAGUUGCUGAGAGAGAUGACCUAAGGACUCGAUUCAACAAUCUCCAAAAUGAGAAAAAACAGUUGCAGAGCAAUUUCUCUUCUACGAGAAGUGAGAAGGACAGGAUACAGACCCGUUACGAUUCUCUCGUUAUGGAGAAAGAGCUCCUUGGAACCAGCAAAACCACUUUGGCUAUGGAAAAAGAUGCCCUUAAGUUGCUCUUCAACAAUCUCAAAUAUGAGAAAGACCUUCUAGAGAGCAACUGUACUUCCUUGAGAAGCUUGAACAACCAGCUACAGUCCAGUUACAGCUCCCUCGCUAAGGAGAAAGCGCUUCUGCAAACCAGCAAAACCACUUUGGUUACCGAGAGAGACAACCUAAGGACAGGAUUCAACAAUCUCAAAAACGAGAAAGACCUUCUAGAGAGCAACUAUACUUCCUUGAGAAGCUUGAACAACCAGCUACAGUCCAGUUACAGCUCCCUCGCUAAGGAGAAAGCGCUUCUGCAAACCAGCAAAACCACUUUGGUUACCGAGAGAGACAACCUAAGGACAGGAUUCAACAAUCUCAAAAACGAGAAAGACCUUCUAGAGAGCAACUAUACUUCCUUGAGAAGUUUGAACAACCAGCUACAGUCCAGUUACAGCUCCCUCGCCAAGGAGAAAGCGCUUCUGCAAACCAGCAAAACCACUUUGGUUGCUGAGAGAGAUGACCUAAGGACAGGAUUCAACAAUCUCAAAAACGAGAAAGACCUUCUAGAGAGCAACUAUGCUUCUUUGAGAAGUUUGAACAACCAGCUACAGUCCAGUUACAGCUCCCUCACCAAGGAGAAAGCGCUUCUGCAAACCAGCAAAGCCACUUUGGUUGCUGAGAGAGAUGACUUAAAGACUCAAUUCAACAAUAUCAAAAAUGAGAAGGAUCUUCUAGAGAGCAACUAUACUUCUUUGAGAAGUUUGAACAAGGCGUCGCAGAACGCUCAGAGCGUCCUGGUGACAGAACGGAAUGAGCUGCAGAGGAACGUCAACAAGAUGACCACUAAACUGAGAGGCAUGAAAUGUCAGGCCGGCUGGAGGAAGUUUGACAUUAGCUGCUACCUAGUGUCAAAAACCACUAAGAACUGGCAGGAGAGCAGAAAAGACUGCAUCCGCAAGGGAGCAGAUCUGGUUGUCAUCGACAGCCGGCCGGAACAGGUGUUCGUUAAGAGUUUAUUGAGCUCCGGUCAACACGCGUGGAUCGGACUGACUGACAGCACCACCGAGGGAACGUGGCUUUGGGUGGACGGGACUCCGGUCAGCACAAAGUUCUGGCUGGCCGGGCAACCCAACGACUUCCGGAACCAGGACUGCGGCGAAAUCCAGAACAAAGCCUCCAGCGCUUUGGGAAUCUGGAACGAUGACAGCUGUUCUACGGAUCAGUACUGGAUUUGUGAAACUUGAAUUGUGCUAAAUAGAUGCUAACUAAAUGUUUGGUUGAAAACAUUUAAAAUACUGUAAUAGCUUGUCAUUUUUUUCAUAGAAAAGGAAAAUAAGGUUUUCUUUCUUUUCCUUUUAUAAUUAAAUCCAAAGUAAUUUAGCUUCUGACUAAAAGAAAUGUAAUAUUAAAAUUUCGAUUUUUAUUUUCCUGUGAUUGCCGCAACCUAAAAUGCUUGAAAUUGCGGCAUUUUUUUUCAGAAAGUCGACAAAAAAGUUGCAAUGUUUUAAGACUUUUUUUUCCCAAUAACAUUGAAUCAACAUUUGUUAUCACAUUUUUAAACAUCGGAGAACUGUUAAGAGCAAUCUAUAAUGGCAAUUUGUGUUGGUAAAUGUGGAACAGUGAGAUUAUCAUCACACUUCAACAUCUCUAACAUGUAAAUGCUGCCUUUUUUUCGAGGUCAGCAUUGCUAAUAAAAAUAUGUUCUUAAUUGUCUUACCCUGGAUUAAUAAAUGUUAAAUAUAUAUAUAUAUAUAUAUAUAUAUAUAUAUAUAUAUAUAUAUAUAUAUAUAUAUAUAUAUAUAUAUAUAUAUAUAUAUAUAUAUAUAUAUAUAUAUAUAUAUAUAUAUAUAUACAUACAUACACCCUUACUUGCUUGCUUAUGGUUGUCCAUCGAUCUGAUGAUGACCAUCUUCUUUUAUUUGUGAGUCUACUGACCUGUUUCUAUUCUGAGUUCCAUUUCAAAAGUGAUGGAAAAAAUAGUUUAUGAAGAGGUUGAUAGAUAAUUUGCUACUAAUAAACUCAUGUACAAAUUCCAA